AACACAGGCGGCCGAUUUAAGACAACCGCCUGUGUAAAUGUGUCUGUUUACACAGGCGGUUUGUAUAGUGGACCGCCUGUGCUAAUGUUUUUACACAAGCGGCCCUCUUUAUGAGCCGCCUGUGCUAAGUCUGCUAUAAAUACCCUUCGUCCACCUCCAGACAAGAACAGUUACUCCCGUGAGCUCACGGACCAGGCGGACCCGACGAUUCCAGUUUCCAAGGGGGGAGGUUUUGAUCCUCAUUUCUUUGGUGAGAAACUUCCAAAAGCUAAAUAUGGAGAGGUCAUUAUGGAUGUACAACUUAUCAAGAUUGGACCCAUCAUAUGUAGUGGAGGUCCAAAAGUUUAUUGAUGUUGCAAAGAUACAUGCUCGCAGAACAAAGGCGAAGCACAUAUGUUGUCCAUGCGCAGACUGUAAAAAUAUUGUGGUAUUUGACAAUGUAGAAGCAAUUACUUCCCAUCUGGUUUGUAGAGGAUUUAUGGAGGACUACUUGAUUUGGACAAAACAUGGUGAGGGUAGUUCUGCACCUUAUAUGCGGACAACAGACAACACUGCAACUAACAUCAAUGUGGAGGAUCAAAUGCCACCUCUCAAUGAAUUUCAUGCUAUGCUAGGUGUCAAUGAAACUCAUACGUCUGAUGUCAAUGAAACUCAGCAUGCUAACACAGAUGCUGUUGAAGAUGCAGAUUUCUUAGAGGCAAUAAUGAACCGUUGUGCAGAUCCAUCAAUAUUCUUCAUGAAGGGAAUGGAAGCAUUGAAGAAGGCAGCAGAGGACACUUUGUACGACGAGUCGAAUGGUUGUACCAAAGAGUGGUCGACAUUACGUGCUGUUCUUCAGUUUUUGACGAUGAAGGCUAGACAUGGUUGGUCCGAUGCUAGCUUCAAUGAUUUCUUGCGUGUACUUGGAGACCUUCUUCCUAAGGAGAACAAAGUGCCUGCUAACACAUACUAUGCAAAGAAGCUAGUCAGUCCACUUACGAUAGGUGUUGAGAAGAUCCACGCAUGUAGAAAUCAUUGUAUUCUAUAUCGGGGUGAUCAAUUUAAAGACUUAGAUAGUUGUCCAAACUGUGGUGUCAGUAGAUACAAGACAAACAAAGAUUAUCGGGAGGAAGAGAAUCUAGCCUCUGUUUCUACAGGUAGGAAGCGAAAGAAGACCCAAACAAAGACUCAACAAGACAAACGCUCGAAGCCUAGUAGCAAUGAAGAAGUGGACUAUUAUGCAUUGAGAAGAAUUCCUGCUUUGGUGAUAUGGUAUCUCCCCGUGGUUGAUCGUUUGAGGUGUUUGUUUGCAAACCCUGAAGACGCUGAACUUAUGACCUGGCAUGCUUCGGAUGAAAGGAAAGAUGAUGGAAAGUUACGACAUCCAGCCGAUGCAAAGCAAUGGAAAGAUUUCGAUAAGAAAUAUCCAGACUUUGCUGACGAUCCACGGAAUGUAAGGUUUGCACUGAGUACUGAUGGAAUGAAUCCAUUUGGCGAAAGGAGCAGCACGCACAGCACAUGGCCGGUGAUCCUGACAAUAUACAACCUUCCUUCAUGGUUGUGUCAAAAGAGAAAAUAUCUUUUGCUAACCAUUCUUAUUUCUGGACCUACACAACCUGGAGUUGAUAUGGAUGUAUUUCUAGAGCCCUUAAUGCAAGACAUGCAAACACUAUGGGAAGUAGGUGUGGACAUGAUCGAUGCGUUCCGCAAAGAGACAUUCACACUGAGAGCAAUUAUUAUUGUCACAAUUAAUGAUUACCCUGCUCUCUUCUCAUUAUCAGGUCAGUUCAAGGGAAAGGUUGGUUGUGUAAAGUGCAUAGAUGGAACAUGGCACGUGUCUCUUCCUGCAUCUAACAAGAUAGUGUACAUGAGGCACAGAAGAUGGCUACCGGCAGGCCAUAAGUACCACUUACAAAAGAUGAAUAAGUACUUCGAUAAUAUUGAUGAAUCAAAAUCUACUGCUCCAUCAGGUUGUAGUAAAGGGCAUAGAGUGUACAAGAUAGUUGAGAAUGUGAAGUUUGUUUUUGGAAAGAAGACCAAAGAUGGGAAACCAAGAAAGGUUGUCAAGGCAAAUGAAGGGGACACAUUCAAGAAGAAGUCCAUUUUCUUCAAGUACUUAUCGUACUGGAAAGACUUGGACGUACGACAUGCGAUCGAUGCGCCGUUCUUCGCGGCGAUCAUCAUUGCGACGUGGCUGAUUAAGCAGGCCGAGCAGCUUGUUGACAGCUUGGAUGAAUAUGUAUCAAAGUCGCAGAUGAUUGCCAUUGUCAACCGGCCGACGAUCGUAUUUGCACUUGUCAUCUCCGUGCAUGCAUACUGA